AUGGCAAAUUAUAAGCUAGGUGAGCAAUCGUCGAGCAAAGUCCAAACGGCUGAACGACCUGCAGAAGAUAAUCCGGAUGUGUCGGCGAAAGAAAUAUUGCAGUUUCAAAGUAUCAAGGGUCUGAAUCUGAACAGCUAUGCGACACGUAAAUCGAUAGCACAGGGCUUGCUCGACCUGGCGCUGCUCACAGCCAAUGCAUCACAACUGAAGUACAUACUGACCGUUGGAGAAACGCACGAGUUUUAUCAUCUUCUGCUCGUUCUGAUCAUUGUUUCGAUUUCGUUACAGCUCCUUCAAGCGCUUCUCAUCAUUGUGCUGGCAAUCGUUUUCGACAUUAAUAAGGUUGAAGAGCAGAAGCGGUCCGAUAUCGUUAACAAUGUGCUAAUAGCUUUUACGGUGAUCAGUGUCGUUGUGAAUGUGAUAAUCAGUGCGUUCGAUAUGAAAUCUCAAUCGGAUGUUUUAAAACAAAGUUAAGCUAUGUAGGC